CCACCCCCGCCCGCCCCCGCGCCGCGCGCUUCCCGCCGCCUGCCCGCAGCUCCGCACUGCCAAGCUCGGGCUCCGCCGGGCAGCCCGCGGGCGCGAAGGCGGCGGGCGACGGGCGGCGGGCUCUGCGGGCACCCGGGCUCCGGUCUGGGCCCCCUCCGAUCCUCAGCCCCCUCCUCGGGCGACUCAUCUGCCCCCUCCCGCCCACUUCCAACUACCGCCUCCGGCCAGCCCCGGGAGAGAGAGGGAGUGGAGCCCAGAGAGAGGGAGCGAAAGAGAGGGAGGGAGGGGACAGUGCCUUAGCUGACUUUUUUUUUUUUUAAAGAGGGUGGGGGUGGGGGGUGAUUGCUGGUCGUUUGUUGUGGCUGUUAAAUUUUAAACUGCCAUGCACUCGGCUUCCAGUAUGCUGGGAGCCGUGAAGAUGGAAGGGCACGAGCCGUCCGACUGGAGCAGCUACUAUGCCGAGCCGGAGGGCUACUCCUCGGUGAGCAACAUGAACGCUGGCCUGGGCAUGAACGGCAUGAACACCUACAUGAGCAUGUCGGCGGCCGCCAUGGGCAGCGGCUCCGGCAACAUGAGCGCAGGCUCGAUGAACAUGUCGUCGUACGUGGGAGCCGGCAUGAGCCCGUCCCUAGCCGGCAUGUCCCCCGGGGCGGGCGCCAUGGCCAGCAUGGGCGGCUCGGCCGGGGCGGCCGGCGUGGCGGGCAUGGGGUCGCACCUGAGUCCGAGCCUGAGCCCGCUCGGGGGGCAGGCGGCGGGCGCCAUGGGCGGCCUGGCCCCCUAUGCCAACAUGAACUCCAUGAGCCCCAUGUACGGGCAGGCGGGCCUGAGCCGCGCGCGCGACCCCAAGACGUACCGGCGCAGCUACACGCACGCCAAGCCGCCCUACUCGUACAUCUCGCUCAUCACCAUGGCCAUCCAGCAGAGCCCCAACAAGAUGCUGACGCUGAGCGAGAUCUACCAGUGGAUCAUGGACCUCUUCCCCUUCUACCGGCAGAACCAGCAGCGCUGGCAGAACUCCAUCCGCCACUCGCUCUCCUUCAACGACUGCUUCCUCAAGGUGCCCCGCUCGCCCGACAAGCCCGGCAAGGGCUCCUUCUGGACCCUGCACCCCGACUCGGGCAACAUGUUCGAGAACGGCUGCUACCUGCGCCGCCAGAAGCGCUUCAAGUGCGAGAAGCAGCUGGCCCUGAAGGAGGCCGGGGGCGCCACGGGCGGGGGCAAGAAGGUGGCCUCUGGGCCAGCGGCCUCGCAGGGGCAGCUCGGGGAGGCCUCCGGGCCGGCCUCUGAGACUCCGGCGGGCACCGAGUCACCCCACUCGAGCUCCUCUCCGUGCCAGGAGCACAAUCGAGGGGGCCUGGGCGAGCUGAAGGGGACGCCGGCCGCGGCGCUGAGCCCCCCGGAGCAGGAGCCUUCGCCGGGGCAGCAGCAGCAGGCCGCGGCGCACCUGCUGGGCCCUCCCCACCACCCGGGGCUGCCACCCGAGGCCCACCUGAAGCCCGAGCACCACUACGCCUUCAACCACCCCUUCUCCAUCAACAACCUCAUGUCCUCGGAGCAGCAGCACCAUCACAGCCACCACCACCACCAGCCCCACAAAAUGGACCUCAAGGCCUAUGAACAGGUGAUGCACUACCCGGGCUAUGGUUCCCCCAUGCCGGGAAGCCUGGCCAUGGGCCCAAUCACGAACAAAGCGGGCCUGGAAGCCUCGCCCCUGGCCGCGGACACCUCCUACUACCAGGGGGUGUACUCGCGGCCCAUUAUGAACUCCUCUUAAGAGGGCUGCGUCCCAGCUAGCCCAGACAAGAGAGAGGAAGUGUGUGUGUGUGGGGGGGAGACUUUGAGGUAGGGGUGUUGGAGAGAUGCAAGGGAGAAGACAUCCAAGACACUCCCACCCCCAGGACAGCAGUCUCCCCUCACCCUCUGCAGCUCUUCCUUCCCAGAUGGGCCACACUGAUAUGUAUCAUUCAUUCUAUAUAAGGAGGGAAAGGGGACAAAAAGAUAAAGUCAAAAAAGACAGAACGAAAAAAGCCCCCGGUUUCCACUACUAUGUAGAUGCCUGCUUCUGGAAGCAUCCUAGAAUUCUGACUUUUGUUAUCACUCUCCUCCAUUGCUGCUGUUGCAGGGAAGUCUUACUUUAUUUAAAAAACAAACAAACAAACCCACACAAAAAAAACCCUCUAUAAAAAAAACAAAACAAAAAAAAAUCCCACAAACUUUUUGUGACUCAGUGUAAAACAAUGUAGUUUUAACAAAGAA